AUGAGUACAGACUUCGAGCGUAUCUACUUGAACCAGUCGAAGUCGAACGGCCGUUUCCGUAUCGCAGACUCAGGUUUGGGUUGGAAAAUCUCUAGCAGCGGAGGUUCCGCCGCUGGCCAGCAGAAAGCCCCGCUCCUGCUACCGGCCACCGAGCUGGCAUCUGUUCAAUGGAGCAGAGGCUGUAGAGGAUAUGAGCUCAAAAUCAAUACUAAAAACCAAGGUGUUGUCCAGCUAGACGGCUUUUCGCAGGAAGAUUUCAAUCUAAUCAAGAAUGACUUCAAGAGAAGGUUUAAUGUUCAGGUUGAACAGCGCGAGCACUCUAUGCGCGGUUGGAACUGGGGAAAAGCAGACAUGGCUCGGAAUGAAAUGGUUUUUGCUUACAACGGCAAGCCAACUUUCGAAAUCCCUUACGCACACAUAAGCAACACAAAUUUGACCGCCAAGACCGAAGUCGCAAUUGAAUUUGACCUAACAAAAGAAGACUACAACCCUGCUGGUGAUGAAAUGGUUGAAAUGAGGUUCCACGUACCAGGUACCAUACAAGAGGAGCAAGACGAGAACGCCCCCAAAGCCGAAGGCCAAGAAGAUGUCGACAUGGAAAAAGAGCAAAAGAGUGCAGCAGAGUCCUUUUACGAGGAGCUCAAAGAGAAGGCUGACAUCGGGGAGGUUUCUGGCGACGCUAUUGUAUCGUUCCAGGACGUGUUUUUCACAACUCCAAGGGGUCGUUACGACAUAGACAUCUACAAGAACUCUAUCAGGUUAAGAGGUAAGACCUACGAGUAUAAACUGCAGCUGCGCCAGAUCCAAAGAAUUUUUUCCCUGCCCAAGGCCGACGACAUACACCAUCUUAUGGUACUCUCUAUCGAGCCCCCUCUGCGCCAAGGCCAAACAUCAUAUCCAUUUUUGGUAAUUCAAUUCCAGAGAAGCGAGGAAACAGAAGUACAACUAAACGUUGAGGACGAAGAGUUUGAGAAGCUGUACAAAGACAAACUCAUGAAACAAUAUGACGCCCAGACCCACGUCGUUUUGAGUCACGUACUUAAGGGAUUGACGGGGCGCCGCGUCAUUGUGCCGGGGCAGUACAAGUCGAAGUAUGAGCAAUGUGCAGUUUCUUGCUCUUUCAAAGCGAACGAAGGGUAUCUGUAUCCACUCGAUAACGCCUUUUUGUUUUUAACAAAGCCCACAUUGUACAUGCCGUUUGGCGAUGUUAGCAUGGUUAAUAUAUCCAGAGCCGGAAAAACAACCACAUCUGCAAGGACCUUCGAUCUCGAGGUAGUGAUGCGCUCAAACAGCGGCAGCACUACCUUCGCUAACAUAUCGAAGGAAGAGCAGCAGCUGCUGGAGAACUUCCUCAAAUCCAAAAACUUGAGGGUCAAGAAUGAGGAGAAAGACGCACAGCAAAGGCUUGAAAAUGCUCUUGGUUCCGACAGCAACGACGAGGACAUCAACAUGGGUUCUGCAGCCGAAGAUGACGAGUCCGUGGAUGAAGACUUUCAAGCAAGCUCAGAGGAUGACGUUGCUGAAGAGUUUGACUCUGAUGCACCUCCCAGCGACAGCGAUGGAGAUGAAGGGGACAGUCAAGGACCUUCAAAGAAGGCUAAAGUCGAAUAA